AUGCCAGUCUAUUUGACUCUUCUCGGCGGUCCACCGUGGGGUAUGCGGCUCGGCAAUGAUCAAGAACUUCGUCCUAUAAUAGCAACGACACUCACGAACGGUCGAGCCGCUAAGGAGGGUGUAAAACCAGGAGAUGUACUGCAAUCUGUGAACAAUAUUCCAGUAUUCACUUGCAAGCAAGCUCAUGCUGUCAUUCAAAAAGCUCAAGGAAAGCUGAGGCUUGGGAUUGCUAAGUGA